GCUGAUCUUGGCUCGGCUUCUACUCGACCACCUACACAGUCUGGCACGUUUGUCACCCAGCCUACACAGCCGUUGCGACAUACAACUCAGCCAACACAACCUCUACCACCGCGGUCACCAGAGGUACUAGUCGAGCGCUCGUCACCUCCCGCACCAGCCUCGACCCAGAAGCCCGCACCCGCACCAAUCAACAGGGCGCCGUUCGCCAGGCCUAAUGGCAUUCUGGCGCGCACAAUGGCACCUCCGGGUACGACAUUCCGCCGACCACCUGGAAUACAAGCAAAACCCGCCGUGAUCGAUCUCGAUGAUAGUGAUGAGGAUCCGUCGGUACAGCGGAGUGAUGAAGAGGAGGCUCCAGCUGCUCCAGCUCCUCCAGCUCCCAUGCGGUCGAAUAUCAAGCCCACCAACUUCAAGAGAGCGGGUCGAGGUCUGGACUCUUCGCCCAAUCGGGCGGCCAGAGAACUGCCCCAGGCCGCGCAGGUGCCCGCACCGACGGCACCAUUGAUGUCGCUCAACAAGCAAGCCGGUCCGUCUCGAGCGAACCCCGUGCCACGAUCAGCUCUGUACCAAACGAUAGAUGAUGUGGACGAUUACAGCUUGAGGAACAAAGUUAUCGAGAUGCAGCAAAUAUCGCCUUUACACACCAUCCAGCAAUGCAUGGAUGCACUGACCAUUAAGAGGGGGAAUGUAGGCGAUGCCCUUGCCUGGUUGGUGGAACAGGAUGAGGCUGAGACGAACCCCGAUGAGUUAUCUCAGGAUUCGUCCUCUCAGCCCGUCCGGGCUACCACGAAGCAGCAGGUCAAAGGUGCGGGUAUGACCAUUGCUGAGAAGUACAAUGCGAAAAAGGGCAACAACCCGAUCAAGGAUGCACUGGAAAUGGAACUGGACUCGGACGAUGAGGAGGUGAUUCGGCCGAGGGGACGUCUGAUGCAAGGUACCAGACCUGUUGCGGGAAGACCGCUAUCUUCGUCGCCACCGCCGGUGCAGCCUCGCCCACGCAAUCGCCUUGCGAAGAAGUCCGUCAUCACCAUCGACUCGGACUCAGAAGGCGAGGACCAGGACGGCAGCGAGGAUGACUUUGAGGAGCUAUCUGGUCCUCCGCCAAAAACCGAACCAGAAGAUAACACAGGACGCAUGCAGGAAAUCCGUGAUGACCGAUUAUUGAAGCUGUUCAAUGAAUGUACGGUGCACGAUCUGGCUGAAUUGAGUGGUCACGCGGUUGAUAAUAUCACAUUCGUGCUGGACCAGCGGCCGUUCGUUGACUUGGACCAUGUCCGCGGAAUUGUCAUGGAGACUUUGACCAAGACAGGCAAGAAGUCGAAGCGAGUGCGGCAAGUUGGCGAGAAGCUCGUCGAUGAUUGCAUUGAGGUCAUGACUGGUUAUGAUGCGGUUGACGAACUGGUGGUGAAGUGCGAGGAGAUUGCGAAGCCAUUGCAGGAGGCGUUGAAAGCUUGGGGAGUCGACAAGGUUGACGGCGAGCUGCAAAUUAUGAAGCUUGACGAGGCCCACGACUCUGGUAUUGGUACACCGACAAGUUCGUGCGCUGCGGAUGAAGGUCCUACUCAAAAGUCGACGGGCAAGCCGAAAGGGAAGUUCCUCGGCCAGCCGGAGAACAUGAACUCGAAGAUGGUGAUGAAGGACUAUCAGCUCGUUGGACUGAACUGGCUCAACUUGCUGUACGACCGGAAAUUGUCGUGCAUCCUCGCCGAUGAUAUGGGUCUGGGAAAGACAUGUCAGAUCAUCGGCUUCCUGUCCCACCUGCAGAUGAAGAAAGUUGAUGGCGUGCACCUGAUCAUUGUGCCAGGCUCCACCCUGGAGAACUGGCUGCGCGAAUUUGAAAGAUUCGCUCCAAAUCUCUCUGUCCGGCCCUACUAUGGCUUGCAAAAGGAGCGAGAGGAGCUGCGAUACCAGCUCGAAGCCGACUUUGCCGAGAUCGAUGUCGUCGUGACAACGUACGACAUGGCGACUGGCGAUGCGGACAAUCACUUCCUCCGCCACUUCGGACCAUACUCUGUCUGCGUAUACGACGAAGCUCACAUGCUGCGCAAUCCGAAGUCGAAGCGCUACAGACAGCUCAUGCGCAUUGGUGCUGACUUCAAAGUCCUGUUGACCGGCACGCCUCUCCAGAACAACUUGCAGGAACUCGUCGCCAUCCUCGCCUUCAUCAUGCCGGAUUUGUUCUUGGAGAAGAGUGAAGACUUGGAGUACAUCUUCAAGCACAAGGCGAGCACGAAAGAUACGGCCCACGCUGCAUUGCUGUCUGGUGAGCGCAUUGCUCGAGCUAGAACGAUGAUGACUCCGUUCAUCCUGCGUCGCAAGAAGCAUCAGGUCUUAGAUUUGCCGAAGAAGACGUCUCGUGUGGAAUGGUGCGACAUGAGCGACACCCAAGCCAAUCUCUACGCGGAUGUCAUCAGCGAGGCGCAAGACUUCUUCAACGAGAAGGCUAAAGGUACCGUCAAAGCUUCAGCAUCUCGCAGCUCCAACGUGAUCAUGUCGCUCCGCAAAGCCGCCAUACACCCUCUGCUCUCCCGCCGCAUCUACGACGACAAGAAGAUCGACAAAAUCGUCUCGGUCCUGUCAAAGUCUGACGAGUUCGGCGCAAACACUCCCGAGAAGAUUCGUGCGUACAUCGACGGCUCAGCCAGCGAUCAAGUCGUCAAAGGCGGCGACUUUGCCAUCCACCGCUUCUGCUAUGAUCGCGACUAUCUGCGCAAGAAGUUUGCAUUGAAGCGUAAAGAGUGGAUGGACUCCGGUAAGGUGGAAGUCUUCAAAGAGCUCAUCACCCGCUGGGCCGCGAAUGGCGAUCGCGUACUGGUCUUCUCACAAUUCACCACCGCCAUGGACAUCCUGGAAGCCGUGCUCGACACAUUGGACGUCAAAUUCAUGCGUCUGGACGGACAAACGAAGAUGGACAUCCGCCAGGACAUGAUCGACACCUUCACCAACGACACUUCCAUCCCCGUCUUCAUGCUCUCGACCAAAGCCGGCGGCGCGGGAAUCAACUUGGCCGCCGCGAACAAAGUCAUCGUCUUCGACUCGGGUUUCAAUCCACAAGACGACAUUCAAGCCGAGAAUCGCGCACAUCGGGUCGGUCAGACGAGGGAUGUGGAGGUUGUGAGAUUGGUGACGAGGGGUACGAUUGAAGAGCAGAUUCAUGCAUUGGGUGAGUCGAAGUUGGCGCUUGAUGAUCGGGUCGCGGGUGAGGCUGCGAGCGCUGCGGAGUCGAGCAGUUUGGAGAAGGAGGGGGAGAAGUUGGUGGAGGAUAUGCUGGUGAAGCAGAUUAAG